UAACAUCGCAGGCAAACGUCCGCCAAAAUUUCAAAACCAUUUUUGUUCGCUUCGUGUGUAGAUAUCGUGAGCUUUUUUGUUUUUAGCUAGCUAUUUUAAACUCUUGGUUGAAAGCGUUAUGAAUCCCUUUAGUGAAGACCAUACAAAAAUGUACUUUUAUGAAACCAGAUUGAAUACCUACGUGGGGUGGCCGUUCGAAGAGGGGUGCGCUUGCACUCCAGAGAACAUGGCCAAAGCUGGAUUCAUCCACACCCCAACAGAGAACAGCCCGGACAUAGCCAAGUGCUUCUUCUGUCUCAAAGAACUGGAGGGUUGGGAGCCAGACGAUGACCCAGAGAAGGAGCAUAAGUCCCAUUCACCCAGCUGCAACUUCAUCUCCCUGAAGAAGAGCGUGAACGACCUGACUGUGGAAGAGUUCCUCAAACUCCAGAAAGAGAAGCAGAAAUUCCACAUUAAAAAGGCAUGCAAUGAGGCCAUCACUAAGUUUGAGGAGGCGGCAAAAAGCAGAAGAGGUGAGAUCAUCAAGACUGCCAUGGAUGAAGAGUGAUGGGGAAGAGACUGUGGACCUGUUUGAGUACUUUACAAAUGUUUUUCUGCUCGAGUAAUCACUGGUAGUGCAGUAGCCUAGUGUACAUAUUCUGUCUCUCAGCAUUAGGUAGGUGUGUUAUUAUCAAUAAAUAUUUUAUUUCCCAA